AUGACCUUUUUCCGUCGUACCGCUGCAAUCUCGGGGUCAUUCAUAGAAGCAGCGUUGGUGUAUCAUCAUUGCCUGUUUGGAGUCCGUUAUGACUUCCUGUGUGCAAAUUACACAGCUUUUGACCAGCGGACUUUUAUUUGCCACUUCGUUUCAGAAGUUGAUUGCGAGAGGUCUGAACUGUACUUUAGCAGAAACGAUGAGCUGUACAAACCGGCGUCAUCGUCCACAACAACCACGACGACGACGACGACGCAGGCGCCAUUGCCGCCGCCGCCACAGCGGCAACAACACGCCCUGGAUGGAGGCGGCGGUGGUGGUGGUGGCGGUAGAAGGCGUCCUUUGGGCGGCAGAGGACGGCGGCGGCGCCCGUUCCGCAGGCGGCGUCCGCAGCGUCCAGCUUACUACGACUACGAUUAUUACGACCGGGACUAUUACGACUACGAUUAUUAUGGUGGCAAGCAGCAAUCAACCACCACCACUACUACCACGACGACAGAGGCGCCAGCAGCAGCACCACCGCAAUCAGCUGCAGUCGGGGGACGACGUCAACGGCGCCCUCCGACACGACGAGUCGCCGCCGCCCCUCCAGAAGAACAGGCGCCACUCGACCCCGGCGCCCGUUUAGCUGUGUUUUCUCGCCCUCGGGCAGCGCCGAAAAUCCGCCCCCCAGUUCCCGUCAGCGAGAAGGAAAAAUUCGACCAAAUCCAAGGUCGCGACGAGGUCAUCCAACAGCCUCAAGCGGAGGAACCUCUACCUCCACGUCUUCAACAACAGUCGCAACAAAGGCAACCCCAACAGCAACAGCAACAGGCUGACUAUUACGACUACUACUACUACGACACCACUGGAGAGUCCAACAACAACAACAACAAGGAAAACAGCGGGGUUGUGGAGAAGCCGGGGACGAGGAUAGCGGCCGACUCCAGGGGAACGACGCAGAACGUAGUCGAGGAGGAGACCCUUCCACCGCCGGCGCUUGAACCCAUCAGAAGUAAUCAACGCCAGGUGUCGCAGCCAGUUCAGCAGCAGACCUUCGUGACCAACGAACGGAGGCCGCUGCGGUUCCGACAGCGCGGUGGGAAUCUACGGGGUCGCAAUAACAGACCUCCACAAAUCAACGACAUAUCCGGCAGUUCCGACAUUUCUGGCCCUGGCCCAGCUCUUGCCAGGGACACGAUCGAACCCGAAACCACAAUUCCAGCAAGAACAACAACAACAACAACGACGACGACGACUCAAGAGCCCGCGACAACGACGACGCGGAGAUCCCGCCAACGUGGACUCGUCCGACACCGACUCGAACGCAUCAACCCAAACAAUCCCCCAGUAGAAGAAGAACCACAACCGCAAGAGCAAGAAGAAAGUUUCAUCCCAGAUGAACCACUUAUUAUUGAAGAGGAAGAAAUCCCAGAACCCAUCGUGAUCCCAGAAGGCAGGCAUUCUCGUCCAGCAUCACCACCACCGUCGCAACCGGAAGUUCGAAUCCGACCCCGAGGCUCAGACUUCCAGUUCGGUGGCUUUCGAACCGCGACCCAGCGCCCCAUCGUCGCAUUCGACCUAGACUCACUCGCGCGCGCAGUAGGCGACACCUUUGAGCCAGCGGCGCAAGAACCUCAACCACCCGCUUUACCGCAAGAGCGACAGGUGUCGCGCGUGCUCCAAAGUCGCUCGCGCGUCGAUUCGGCAUUCGUCAACAGACCACCGCCACCACCAGCGAUGGCUACUUCCAGCGCUGAAGCCCUGUUCGUGAAGGAAUCUGAAUUGGCUUCAAUGCCUCUGCGAUUGCCCAAUUUCACGAGGGGCUUCUCAAAAGCCCCCUCUGCUGCGUUUUCGCGACAGUUUGCGAGGCGUUCUUCAGCGGAGGAAACUGCGGACAUUGCGCCCAGCAGACCUUUAAAUUCUAGCAUCAGGAGACGGUUCUCCAGGUUUCAUGCUGUUGAAGAACAGCCUCAGGGCGCUUCGAGUCGGGUGCUGAUGGUAUCGCAAGCUUGAAGCAAAAAGUUUUUGUUUCUACAGCGAAAAGAAAAGACGAGAAAACCCCACAGAAAAAAAACAAAACAAAAUUCGGUGAUCGGUUCCAGAGCUUUUUGUGUGUCCCACGAAAGCGAGGGAAGAAAAAGAAGAAAAAUUAUACCUGCGUUUUUGAAGGUGUCGCAUUUGAGCAACGUUCGGCGUUCGAAAUUCUUGCGCUGGUGAUUCGAUCGGUUCCCUGUCGAUUUAAAUUUGAUCUGACUUGAAUUAUUUCCAAACACACAAAAAAAUAAAACGGAAAAGAAUACUGUGAAGAAAAAAGAAGGUUGGUGAAUAUCAUUCCGAGGCCUAUACAGAAUUAGCCUCUUUAAUGAUGCCGAACAAAAAAAAAAUUGUUUUCUCGAGGGAUUUUAUGAUUUACGUUCGAAGAAGUUAUAAUUUUGAAUCUUCGUGGAGUUUGUUUUCAUAAAUUUUAUUUAUAUGCAUUAUGCAUAAGAUUGUUCUUCUUCUUUUUUUUAGACGAAGAAGAAACAAAAAGUCAUUGAUGUGAAAGUUUUUUGAGACAAAAGAUGCCAUAAAGUAGUUCUUAUUUUGCGUGUGUGCGUGUGCUGAUGAUGCUGAUUGCAUGUUUCUGCUAUGGAAGAUUUUUUUUCUUCCCCGAGAGAAAAUGAAUGCGAACAGGAGAAAAAUUUUGCGCAAAAAACAAA